UCAGCAAAAGCGGAUGUAUAAAAAGCACAGAAGCGGAGGGAGCGAAAACAUAACGGAAAAACGAAAAAUCAAAUUGGAAGGCUCCACGCUUUGUGAUUUUCAUGAUUAAGAUCCCGAUUCGCAGAAUGGCCGAAUUGGAGAGCGUCGGAGAGUAUCGUAUCGGACUCGACGAGUCGUAUCGGUAUCUCCCGUCGGUCUACUUAGCCUUCUUGACAAUCUGGUUUGUCUCGGCCUGCUCCUGGACCUUCAACACCUACAAAAACCGCCAUCUCCAGACGAAUAAUUUGCAAUGGACGCUCGCAUCCGUUCCGUUGAUUAAAGCCUUGCAACUCACAUUGUCUUUCCUCUUUUGGUAUUCGUGUUUUCAUCUUCAAAUAUGCUCCCUGUGGAUGUCAUUUGGGGUGUACGUUACCGGAGUGAUAUUUCAGACAGCUUCUUUUGUGUCGUUUUUACUCAUCUCUCAUGGUUACUGCAUCAUGUGUGAGCGUCUUUCAGUGACUGAGCGGCGUACUACUGCUUCCCUUGGCUGUUUCAUUUACUUGACUCUUGUCGGAUACAGGGCUUCUGUACCUUAUUUCUCUGUCUUGCUGCUGCUUAACUAUUUAAUCUCAUUCUAUGUGAUAUUUCACCAUAUAUCGCAAAAUCUUUUAGUAUUGCGCCACCAAUUAAGCUUCAUAGAUGACGAGGAUGUUCGCGCAAUGCAUGAUGCAGUCUAUACGAAGUACAUCAUGUUCAAAAAGUUUCAAGGUGCAAUGCAGAUAGUAGCCAUGGCAGAGACUGUGAUAUACAUUAACAUGGACGACUCAUCAGAAAAUUACUGGAUACGCUUGUUAGUUCGAGAAUGGGCACAGUUCUGCAUCUUUGUUUACAUCGGGUGGACUUUUAGGUCAAGGGACUUGGCACCGCGAUUUUCUAUUAUGCCGGCACUGAAAUCUAAAGGGGAACUAGUGGUGCCUCCCGUUUAUAGCAUCGAAAUGGAUGCAGAAACUUUCAGAGAUUUCACUAAGCAUGAAUGGCACAUCGGAGUGCCAACUUCACCUUCUUGUGCCAAAAGCACUAAGGAUUCCGUCUUGGUAAUAAUUCAGCAUCCUCACGCACAUAGAAUGACUGCGGCCGGAGAAUCCUCUCAAAGCCAAGACCAGAAGCCAGUGUAGCACUUCUCCGUUUCGACUACAGAUGCCAUAACUGCUUCCUUGACAUGCAAGUAACUGAUAGAGUAGUUCAACAUCAGCUCGUUGUCGCUUUAGCUGUUUUGUUGGUUAUUUGAGGCAACAGCUAUUUUGUGUAGAAUAGUAUGGUUGAAAGGGGGGCAGCAGCCAACAUAUACUUGUAAAUAAAUACAACCAACGAAUCAAAAAUUGUAUAAAUCGGCCAAAAAUUACAAAACAAAUUGUAUCC